AUGGCGGAGAACAUUGACAACGAUAUUGCAGUGCGAGGCGUAAGUCUACUAGACAGAGUACAUGGAAAAGAUGUGAGAACAAGUAUACCAGAUUUCCGGACGUCGGAUGCAGAUGUUGGGAUGAGAUCGGCCCAUUUCAUCGGAUCGUUCAGAGGACAACCUAUCAAGACAAGGCAGCAUCAUGCAUUUAUAGAUGAUAAUGGUGUCCCGAUUCCACUACUUCCAUAUCACGAACACUUCUCGGCUGGAUCCGCCGAAGCGCACUCUUCCCUUCAGAAGUCGCAUAAGGCGUUGAUGCGUGAACGCAAAAUCUAUAAAUGGGCCAAAGAAAUUGGAGGAAUAGCCAAUAAACGGCGAAGAAGGAGCGGGUGGAGUGGUUAA